GUCUCGACAUUGUUGCUGUAGCGCCGUUUCCAUGGAUACCAUAAACUUAGCACUUGCGGAGCCGUCCUGUAGCUUUACACGCCAACAAAAGCCGCAGUUAAAGCCACCAAUUGCGAAAAUAAGAGCAUCUUGUGGAGGUGAGGGGAUGGAUAAACCUAAUUCGAGACUAGCAAUGCCUUGGAACUGGAAUAGUCAUGGAUUGCCAUUUCUACCAGGAUACACUUUUCGGGAUGUAACGAAGUCGGCCUUCCAUCGUCCCCAGACUCUGGAAUAUAAGAGUGGCUAUGCUCUGCCUCGUCGCCCCACCGUGGGCAUUGGGCAGGAACCUCUUAUAUCAGAGCAGUUGACCCAGCAGGAGAUCAGUGACUUGUCCUUUGAGACAUCAGACAUUACUUAUGGCUCCCAUGAGCACAGCCUAGCAGAAGACUUCAUCCCAGCUCAUGUGGCCCUUGACAAGAAGGUGCUGCGAUUCUAUGCGUACUUUAAGGAAAGUAUCCUCUAUUCCCCUGAGGAGCAGUACCGUGUGCGCCCCGUGGUCAUUUACUACUUCCUUGAGGAUGACAGCAUGUGCAUCAUUGAGCCCAUGGUGGAGAAUUCUGGGAUACCACAGGGGAAACGGAUCAAACGCCAGCGUCUGCCCAAGAAUGAACGUGGAGAGCAUUACCAAUGGAAAGACCUCAACCUCAGCAUGGACCUGGACGUGUACGGGGUCAAGUACCGCAUCACACAGUGCGACAGUUUUACAAAGGAAUUCAUGGAAAGUGAGGGCAUUCUUCUGAGCGACCCUGAGUCGAUGCCUGUGGAUCCCUACAGCAAACGCCGCAAAAACCCUCAGCCUUCCUACACAACACCCUCCGAAUUCGACCGCAUGCACCAGUUUCUCACCUUGGAUCGAAAGGUGCUGCAUUUCUUUGCCCUGUGGGACGAUGCUGACUCUCUGUACGGGGAGACCAGGCCUGUUACCAUCCAGUAUUUCCUGGUGGACGACACUGUGGAGAUCAGAGAGGUCCACGAACCCAACAGUGGCCGGGAUCCUUUCCCUGUCCUGAUGCGCAGACAGAAGCUGCCCAAGAAAAUCAAACCUGGGUCCUUUCCCAGCUGUGUGCUGGAGGUUUCGGCAGAGGAAGUGGAUGAGUACUACUCCCCCAAAGACUUCCAGGUAGGUCAAACGAUGACGCUGCUGGGCCGCCGCUUUCUGCUGUACGACUGUGAUCGCUUCACUAAGGAGUACUACCAGCAGAACCACCCUAACAUGGAGAUGAAACCCAUAGAGCUCCCAAAGAAGAGUGACAUGACUCAGGAGAAGAAGGAGGUUCCUCCCUACAAUGGUUUUGGUUCACUUGAAGACUCUCUCCAGAAUUGUUUGUCUUUAAUUCCUAAGCCUCCCAAAAAGAACGUGCUAAAGAUGCUAGAAAACGACCACAACGUGCUGCGCUACAGUGCCAGGCUGGACUCCCAGAAUCCCGAAGAUGAGGUCCGACGUUUCAUACUGUCCUACUUCCUGUCCAAUGACGUGAUCAGUAUUUUUGAAAAGCCCACUCGCAACUCUGGCAUCAUUGGUGGCAAGUUCUUGGAAAAGACGCGCAUCCCCAAGCCGGGCUCUACAGUGGAAAAUCCUGUGUUCUACUCACCUGCAGACUUUGCGAUUGGAGCCACUGUGGAGGUUUUCGGCCACCGCUUUGUGUUGACCGAUGCUGACCACUAUGUGCUGACGUACAUGGAGUCCAACACAAGCCAGAUCCCUUCUCAGACACUGGAUUCUUUGCACCAGAAGCUGGGUGUGGGGAUGGCAAAUAACCAGCCAGCUGGCCAAAAUGGUGAGGAUGUAGCAGAGCUAUCGUCAUGAUGUCAGGGAAGACUGGAUUGUCUGAAAUCAGACCACAGGAGUAUGAAUCAAAG